AUGAACCAAUCACAGCAAUUCCCCUCAGCACCGCGAAGAACUGGCACAUACAGCUCACAACAUGACGAACUUCAUCUGUCAGGUAUGAACGAGCAUGGUCAAUUAUCACCUCGCGACUAUUCCAACUCCUCCAACCCGGCCGGACACAUCAAGCUUGACCACCCGCCUGGCCCUGCCAGCUCCUCUGCGCAUCAAUACUCCCCGUCCAUUUCGGUGCCCAAUAUCCUUCAGCCGGGUGGCCUAGGCCAGAGACCUGCAGCCUCCCCCUCCACCUCCGCCGCUCCCAGUCUCAACACCAAUUACCAAGGCUCGAUGAAUCCCCAACUACCCACCUACCAGUCGCAGGCGAAGCCAUCUACUCUAGGUGUCGCCACACACGGCUACUCGCGCUCGAGUCCAGCCGCCGCCGCCUACGACAAUGCGACGCCCUCAUCAUACGCACCUUACACGCCGACCUCGCCUGGAGGCGGGGUGCCAGGCUCCUCUCAAUACAUCUCUCCUACCGACCCAAACAAAUACGCUCCGCCUUCGCAGAGGACCUUGUCCAAUACUCCGUUAGGCCUCGCUGAUAUCCGGCCUCGCGCCGACUCGACCAUGUCUGAUGGAGUGCCCGGGUCGAUUGCUUAUGAAUUUGCAAAUGCCCAGCCGACUCCGAGCAACUAUCUUGCGCCCUGGGCGCUCUACGCUUUCGACUGGUGCAAAUGGCAAACUCACGGAAAUUCUGCUGGCAAGGUUGCUAUUGCUAGCUAUCUCGAAGAUGGCCAUAACUUCAUUCAAAUCCUUGAUACCCAGAUCGUUCCCGCAUCGCCGAGCGUCCUCGCUCCUGGUGGCUCGACAAAGUGUUUAGACUUUACAAAAAUUGCCGAGGCGACCCAUUCAUACCCAGUUACCCGACUCUUAUGGGAGCCUCCGUCUAGCCAGAAGCAGGCAACCGAUCUUCUUGCGACAUCCGGGGACCAUCUUCGACUCUGGUCAUUGCCCUCAGACCCUCUCAUCCCCCAUGGCAGCAAUACCAUCACCCAGCCUAUGAGAGACACACCGGCUACCAAGCUCACCCCACUUGCUCUCCUUUCCAAUUCGAAGACGCCCGACCACACUGCACCACUGACGUCUCUUGACUGGAAUACAAUCUCCCCAAGUCUGAUCAUAACGAGCAGCAUUGAUACGACGUGCACAAUCUGGGACAUUCCUUCACUUACUGCGAAGACGCAGCUUAUCGCCCACGACAAGGAGGUGUACGACGUACGCUUUUGCGCCAACAGUGUCGACAUGUUCGUGAGCUGUGGCCAAGAUGGUAGCGUUCGCAUGUUUGAUUUGCGUAGUCUGGAGCACAGCACCAUCAUCUAUGAACCUACCGGCAAGGAUGAGCGAGACUCCAAUGGUGGUAGAAUUAGCCCUACCCUUGCACAGCAGACAAUGUCAAACCCUCCUCCUCUCCUUCGGCUGGCAACUUCGCCCCAUGAUCAAAAUCUGCUUGCCACCUUCGCUCAGGAUUCAAAUGUUAUCCGCAUUCUUGACGUACGGCAGCCUGGCCAGGCCCUCCUCGAACUUCGCGGCCAUGGCGGGUCUGUAAACUGUGUGGAGUGGUCCCCUCACCGACGGGGAAUGUUGGCUUCCGGAGCGGACGACUGCCAAGUUCUCAUCUGGGAUCUGAUGAACUCGGCUCCUCCGUCCGCAAUCAACGGAAGUGGCCAGCAAGAGAACCACCGGAAUCCUACAGCCAGUUGGCAAUGCGAUUAUGAGGUUGGGAACCUGGGAUGGGUCCCCCGGCUGCCUGGACAUGACUCUGGGGAGUGGCUUGGGGUGGGCGCUGGUCGUGGUGUCUGGGGUGUUCGGCUAUCGUGA